UUUCAGGUUUUGAUUCUGGUUUAACUGCUAUCAUUUGAUCUAUUCUGCAAUUAUUCAGCUUCUAAUUUAAAGAAAAGAAAACCAACACACUAUUUUAGGGUUACGGCAGAUUCCCCAUCAAAUCAACUUGACGUGCCCAUUGAUCCAUUCCAAACAAAAUCUUCCUUCGUAGAAAAGAUCAAAGUUUCGAUAUUUAUAGCCAAAGGCUUUCUGGGUCGUUGUGAGUUUGUCUUGGAUAUUUCUGGUUUGGGAGAUUAAGAGCUUUUAUUACAAUGGCUGCUGCAGCUGCUGGGGUUGUUGGUGGUAAUGGUUCAUCUGCUUCUUGGAUGCUAUUCAGAAGCAGGGAAAGGAAGCAAACCAAGGUGAACAUGGCUAGGAUUUGUUGUUCUUCUUCUGUGAUGGAUCCUUAUAAGACCUUAAGAAUACAACCAGGUGCAUCUGAAUCUGAAGUUAGGAAGGCUUUCAGACAGCUUGCUUUGAAGUACCAUCCUGAUGUCUGCAGAGGGAACAAUGAUGGGGUUCAGUUUCACCAAAUCAACGAGGCUUAUGAUAUUGUGAUGGCCAAUCUGAGAGGAGAAUCAAAUGCGACAGAAAUAUAUGAGGCGUAUGAUGCAGGCAUUGAUGAGCCAUUGAGGGGAAUGAAUGAACCAGAUUGGGACAUGUGGGAAGAAUGGAUGGGAUGGGAAGGAGCUGGAAUUCGUGACUACUCAUCUCAUAUUAAUCCUUACAUUUGAAAAUUUUAUUUCGAUGUAUUUAGGCUUUGAAUCAUUAUCAUGCAUUAGUUAAAGUGGGUCUAAAGUCACUUGUCCCCACAGUCACACACUCUGUGGUUGGUGGUGUUCUUUGUAUAUAGACGAAGUGAAUGGAAAAGUUUACUCUGCAUUAUUGAAGUUGAGGAAGUGACUUAUUGUUAAUACAAAUAUUAUUAAAUUCGGAUUGGUCACAGAUAAUGAGCUGUUCGGUUAUUGGUUUA